UUCCGCUCUCUUGGCCAUCACGCCCUGUGUCAUUGCGAUGGACUUUCGUGUGGAUUCUGUCCAGGGUGGGAAUAUUAAGCGCAUUCGUCAGGCGUGCGCAAGUUGCAGGAAGAAGAAAACAAAAUGCUCCGGCGAACGUCCUAUAUGCUUCCACUGUCGUCGGAAUAAACGGUCGUGCGUGUAUGAGCCGUACUCUGCUACGGUCGGGGAUCAGCCUCCGACCUCGUCGCUGGUGGGCGUGACGGAUAAUGCUGAGCUGUUGCAGAGAAUUAGCACGAUUGAGUCGCGGCUUGCGGAGUUGAGUGGGCAGACUGGGCGGAGUGCUUCUGAUUCUUCGAGUCUGGAGGAUUUUUCGUCGAAUGAUACUGCAUUCCGUCGCCGACCGUCUGUUGAGAAUACAUACAAUGCUUUCCCUCCAUCCCCUGUUCUUCAAUCCCUGAUCGAUACGUAUUUCCUACGCGUCCACAACCAGCCGUAUUCCUACUUUCAAGAAUCACUAUUUCGACAACGAUUGGAUAAUAACCUCCUUCCACGAUGCCUUGUUUUCGCUGUCCUAGCAUCUGCCGUGCGAUUCUCGACACAUGAAUACUUUAACGGACGAACGCACGAAGCGUCAGAGACAUACGCGCGGGAAUCAUGGCUGGCAGUUCUAGCAGACCACUUGACCGUGGAAGACAGCAUGAAUGUACACGUCGUGCAAGCAGUGAACCUACUUGCUAUUGUGGAUUAUACCGCCGGUCGAGUUAGUUCGGGAUGGUUGAAGAUCGGCCUUGCUGCGCGCAUCUCCCAAGAUCUGCAUCUGAUGACAGAGCCGGAAGGUUGGUUAUCGUAUACAGAGCAGGAAGAGCGUCGUCGGGCAUUUUGGUCUGCGUAUCUUGUUGAUAAGCUGAUUUCCUGCGGACAAUCGCGUCCACUGGCUAUUCUUGAUGAAGAUUGUAAUGUUCAACUUCCGUGUGAUGAGCAGACGUUUCGAGAUGGGCAGUGGAAGAAGACGCCGACUAUUGGACAGCUGUUGAGUUGGAAUACGGAUGUUUCUGAAACGCCUAGUCCAUUUGCGUUGACGAUUCUGAUGGCAUCUAUAUUUGGUCGUUGCACGAGAUACUUUCACCAGAAACGGGGUGCUGAUGAGAUUCCUCCAUGGGAUACGAAAUCGGAAUUUGCAUCGAUCACCUCGUCUCUCCUGUUUCUCGAGACCUACUCGCAUAUUGGAAGCAAGUCUAUCUCUGAUUUGAUUCAUGAGAAUCUACAACCAGAUGGAACGGUUGACCACCAACAAGUCGGGCAUCUUGUGUUUGCCCAUGCCAUAUUCCAUCUCUGCCAUUGUCUUUUAAAUCACCCUUUUUCUUUACGGCUGCGUUUGAGACCGUUCGGGUCCAAAACUCCCGCUAGCUUUGUUUCCAGAGCUCUGCAGGGGAGUGGAGAACAUGCGAGACAGCUGUUGGAUUUGUUAAAAGAAGCCUCUGACUCUGGCUGCUUUAUCGAGUCUUCUUUCUAUGCUUACUGCAUAGCGAUACCUGGGGGUAUCCUUUCACUGUAUUCCCAUCUUGACAUCCAGAGUGGAUCUGAAUCCUCAGAUGCACUGAAUUACUUCCAAGAAAGCGUAGACGCUUUAGACAGACUAGGACGGCUAUGGACGCAUGCUUCCAACAUGGUGAGUUCACCACAACCUGCCAUGUAUAUCAACUAACCAGACAGGCAAUCCGACUCCGCGAAUUCCACGCCCAAUCAUACAAAUAUACCCAUCUCCUCGAUCCAGCUUCCCAAAUCGACGAUCUGGACCCCGCAACCGAAGGAAUCUUCUGGUCAAUGGUAGACUACGGAAAACUAGGAUCCAGUCUUCGUCGAAAUCAGAAUCAAUCCGA